CCUACGUGUAUCUCACGCAUAUGACAAAACAUUUCUCCUGUAAAUUGAAUUCUUUCACACUUGUAAUCCAUUUCUCCCCUGUAAAUUCAACUUUCAAAUUCUCAAAUUUCGAUUCUUUCAAAUGUUUUCCGAUCUCCUUAUUACCUUCGAUCUCUAAUCAAUCUUUCAUUGAAUUAACCAAAAAUCCCCAAUUUCUAGGGUUCAUAUCUACUGUCAAACUCACCUAAUCCACCAAAAAAAAUGCUCAAAAGCUUCAGAAAGAUCCAUUACUUAGGACACUGUUCAUACGAUUUUUUCUAAAAUCAGCUUUUUUUCUGAACACCCUAUUGAGUUCUGAGCAAAACCCAGAAAGUUUAUUGGAUAGUUUUGUGUUUUUUCGGAACACCCUUUUGAGUUCUGAUCAAAACCCAUAAAUUUGUUUGGUUAAUUGUGUGGUUUUUCGGACACCCUUUUGAGUUCCGAUCAGAAUCCAGAAAUUUUCUUGUUUUUUUUUCUAUAUGAUUGAAGAUGUAUAGCAAUUUUAAGGAGCAAGCAAUUGAGUUUGUAAGGCAAGCAGUGCAAGAGGACAAUGGUGGAAACUAUGCCAAAGCAUUUCCGUUGUAUAUGAAUGCAUUGGAGUACUUUAAGACCCAUUUGAAGUACGAGAAGAAUCCUAAGAUUAAGGAGGCAAUUACCCAGAAAUUUACAGAGUAUUUACGCCGGGCAGAGGAGAUUCGGGCUGUGUUGGAUGAGGGUGGGAGUGGGCCUGGUCCAAAUGGAGGAGAUGCAGCUGUGAUUGCUAAGCCUAAGACUAAGCCCAAGGAUGGUGAAGAUGGGGAGGAUCCUGAGCAGUCUAAACUUAGGGCUGGGCUUAAUUCAGCAAUUGUUAGAGAGAAACCUAAUGUAAAGUGGAAUGAUGUUGCUGGAUUGGAGAGUGCCAAACAGGCGUUGCAGGAAGCUGUCAUUUUGCCUGUGAAAUUCCCUCAGUUCUUCACAGGCAAGAGACGACCGUGGAGAGCUUUUCUUCUUUAUGGUCCUCCUGGGACAGGGAAGUCUUACUUGGCCAAAGCUGUUGCUACUGAAGCGGAAUCCACCUUUUUUAGCGUCUCGUCAUCAGACCUUGUAUCCAAGUGGAUGGGUGAAAGUGAAAAGCUAGUUUCAAACCUUUUCCAAAUGGCUCGUGAAAGCGCUCCCUCCAUUAUAUUCGUUGAUGAAAUUGAUUCCUUGUGUGGGCAGCGAGGAGAAGGAAACGAAAGUGAAGCUUCUCGACGUAUUAAAACAGAACUCCUUGUGCAGAUGCAGGGUGUUGGUCACAAUGAUGAUAAAGUUCUUGUACUUGCGGCAACAAAUACACCCUAUGCCCUAGAUCAGGCUAUACGGCGAAGAUUUGACAAGCGUAUCUACAUUCUGCUCCCAGAUUUGAAGGCACGGCAACACAUGUUCAAAGUUCAUUUAGGUGAUACCCCCCAUAACUUGAGCGAGAGUGACUUUGAAGACCUGGCCCGUAAGACAGAAGGUUUUUCUGGUUCAGACGUUUCUGUUUGUGUCAAGGAUGUGCUAUUUGAACCCGUACGUAAGACACAAGAUGCUGUGUUCUUUACUCAGACUUCUAAUGGUACCUGGAUACCAUGCGGACCAAAGCAACAGGGUGCUGUGCAGACAACUAUGCAGGAGCUUGAUGCUAAAGGACUUGCAUCCCAGAUCAUACCACCCCCCAUUACAAAGACAGACUUUGAUAAGGUUCUUGCUCGUCAAAGGCCAACAGUUAGUAAAUCCGACCUUGAAGUGCAUGACAGAUUCACAAGGGAGUUUGGAGAAGAAGGUUGAAGAGAUUGAUGUAUCUCCGAUAACUACUACACCUGGAGUUGCCAUGAUUUGUAUUCUUUCUCCCUUCUACUUGUCUGAAAAAUUCGUGAUAUUCAAAGGCUCUCCAAAUGGGAGGUUGACAUUGUUUACCUUCUUGGAUUGUAUUAGUUUUAGCUUUGCAUGUAUUUAUCAAUGUCAAGACAGAACAUUUUGCUAGUAUCUUUGUUGUAUUAUUCCUUUUACAAUGCUAAUUGCAAUUACUUUGUAAUCAUUUCAUGAGCAUUCCUACUUACCUUCUGAA